CAGUGGCUGUAUGUGGGCGAUUUUGACAGCAGCAGAGUUGUUUAGGAGACAAACAAGGACGUGUUGAAGGGGACAAUUCUUUCCGUCCUUGUUCCACCCGAACUCGCACUGACAGCUUCUCAACGCACGGAGGUUUCUGACGGGAUGUCGGCUUCGGAUCGGGCGGUCCAUUGUAAGUUUGAUGAAUGAUCCUCCCCCUGGUCCCGUCCUCCGUCAUGGUCGACAUGGAGAGCCACUGCCGGCCGCCGUCCCCCCUAGAGGAUUCGGUGCUGUGUGGGGACUUCAUUGGGGGCAUGGAGGAGCUGCAGGACAUCUCCCAAUGCAUUGACGGUGACGCCCACAGCUCCUUUGACGUCCCUGAGUACCAGUCCCAGUCGAGUAACGGCUCUGGCUCUGAAGGAUCCACCAUUCUAGAUGCUCUGACCCCAGCCUCCAGCCCAUCGUCGGGAGUGUAUGGGGCGGUUGCAGGGCAGGAAGAGUUCUCCUCCACCUCGCUCAACCUGGAGUGUCGGGUGUGUGCCGACCGCGCCUCCGGAUACCAUUAUGGAGUUCACGCCUGUGAGGGCUGCAAGGGUUUCUUUCGGCGGACCAUCCGCCUCAAGCUGGAAUAUGAUAAGUGUGAACGCCGAUGUAAGAUCCUGAAGAAGAACCGGAACAAGUGCCAAUACUGCCGCUUCCAGAAGUGCCUGUCUGUGGGCAUGUCCCACAAUGCGAUCCGUUUUGGUCGGAUGCCCCAGUCAGAGAAGCUGAAGCUGAAGGCAGAGAUCCAGACGGGGGACAGGGAGGUGGAGGACCCCGAGCAGGCCGACCAGAAGACCCUGGCCAGGCACAUCUAUGAGGCCUACCUCAAAAACUUCAACAUGAACAAGGCCAAAGCCCGCACCAUCCUCACCGGAAAGACCAGCACUCCACCAUUUGUCAUCCACGACAUGGAUACCCUUCAGCUGGCAGAGCAGACCCUCGUUGCCAAGAUGGUGGGCCCGGCUGGGGGCCAUCUGCUGGAGAAGGAGGCUGAGGUACGCAUCUUCCACUGCUGCCAGUGCACCUCCGUGGAGACGGUCACAGAGCUGACUGAGUUCGCCAAGUCUGUCCCCGGCUUCUCCAGCCUGGACCUGAACGACCAGGUGACUCUGCUGAAGUAUGGAGUGUACGAGGCGCUGUUCGCCCUGCUGGCCUCAUGUAUGAACAAGGACGGCCUCCUGGUGGCCUACGGAUCGGGCUUUAUCACCAGGGAGUUUCUCAAGAGUCUGAGGAGGCCCUUCAGCGACAUGAUGGAACCCAAGUUCCAGUUCGCCAUGAAGUUCAACGGGCUGGAGCUGGAUGACAGUGACCUGGCCCUGUUUGUGGCCGCCAUCAUCUGCUGCGGAGACCGUCCCGGCCUGGUGAACGUUGGCCACAUUGAGCGCAUGCAGGAGAACAUUGUUCAGGUGCUGCGGCUCCACCUGCUGGCCAACCACCCAGACGACACCUUCCUCUUCCCCAAGCUGCUGCAGAAACUGUCCGACCUCCGGCAGCUGGUCACCGAGCACGCUCAGUUGGUCCAGGAGAUCAAGAAAACAGAGGACAUGUCGCUCCACCCCCUGCUGCAAGAGAUCUACAGAGACAUGUACUGAGAUACUGAGCCCAGAGAGGAGGGUGGGGGCUGGGUCACACACCCACCUCACCCUCCAUUUUGGGGACAUGUACUGAGUCUAGAAAGGAGGUUGCCCUCCAUUUUGGGGACACAUGCGUGAACAGUCUCUCUGAAUAGUCCUACAAUGAAAGGUUUGAACCACUGGACCCCCAGAUGCAGGGUUGCUCAUCUUUCAGACAGGACCGGACAGGACAAUAGGACUAUAUUCUGGGCACCUGUAGUGGGGUCCACUACUCCCACAGGAACCUAUAGGGCCAUAUUACCUGUGUGGACGGGCAAUGUGAAGCUGAAUUGAGUGUCUUGUUCCAGUGUUUGUCCUAACUAGAGAACAUGCAUUGGGCUGGGUUUAGACAACUUUGGCCAACAUCAGAAAGAAGUACACGGCUCAAAUAAUCAAUUGCUUGUUUAGAUAACAGUGGCUGUGUUUAGACAGGCAGCCCAAUUCUGAUAUUUUUUUCACUAAUUGGUCUUUUGACCAAUCAGAUCAGCUCUGAAAAAGAUCUGAUAUGAAAAGAUCUGAUGUGACUGGUCAAAAGACCAAUUAGUGGGAAAAAGAUCAGAAUUGGGCUGCCUGUCUAAAUGCAGCAUAUGAUUCAGUCAGACUAUAGCCACCAGAGUCCCUGCUAGAGGGGAUCCCUUUCCUAUACGGUACACACAUCUCUGACCUAAUCAGGCCCUUGAGUGAUGAACAACAGGACGUAUCGACAGAAUCACCACUCCAGCAGUAUCUUUAUAACUAUGUCAUUUUGUAACGAACUUCAGAGUGAGAGAAAAGAAUGAUAAUGUUGCACAACUAUUUUGCAGUAAAGACACCCAAGCGAAUUCAAUGCC